AUGCCCGAUGUCAGUGACGAAAGCUGUGCAUUAACGAAAUUGAAUGGGAAUCAAUAUGAGAAGAGGGAAGAAAUGCAACACAUAAAGGAUUCACACAGACGAGAACUAACAUCGAUUCGUCAGCAACAGCUGCGAAUAACUACGAAGCGAUCGGAAAGCGUUGACGGAUACGCUACGAAGGAUGUUGUGAGUUACGACGAAACGACAAGCGACGAGCGGCUUCGAUUAGCUGCAAGUAGGCGGGUCUGGGAGAUGGCAGCAUGCCAGCUGACCAGCGGUCAAUCCGGCCUCCACGCCUUUCUCCCAUUCAUCUAA